CAACACCAUAACACCACAGCACCACACACGUCUUGCUCUCUCGAUCACACGACGCGUGCCUGAAGGGACUGGAGUGUUGAGAGGCGAGCGAGCAGGUGGUAGUGCUGUUCUCGUCACUCCUGCUGUGGGCCCACCAGCAGCAGCGCCGGCCGCAAGCAUCAUGUCCUAUCUCGACGCUGUGAUCCGCGCUGGAUUCCUUGACAAGAGUCCCCCGCUCAACAAGGCCGGUUCGGCCUUCAAAGGCUACAAGCGUCGCUGGUUCGUGCUCAGAAGCGACUCCUCCAGCCUCAACUACUAUGAGACCUCCAACACGAAGAAGCGUCCAAAAGGGUCCAUCAACAUGACGGAGGUGGUCAAGAUCGAAGGCUACCAGACAUGGCCUGGCAGCAGCAAAGCAAAGCAUCCAUGGGUGUUCACGAUCGAGACGCUCAAAGGCCGAGUGUACUACCUGAGCGCCUCGAGCGAGGAGUCGAUGCAGAGUUGGGUUGCAAAGCUCCAGGAGACGUUCCAGUUCUUUCUCCUCACCAACAACGCCGAGGAGAGCAUGCACGCAACCCAAGCCCUGCAGAACUACAGCAACGGCGUGAUCCCCGUGAAUGUGUCGCUGAUCAGCACCGCCAGCAUCACUGCCACCGUGCAGGUCGACGAGAGCACGACAGGGCGUCAGCUCAUCGCCCUUGCUUGCAGAAAGACAGAUGCCCGCGGCGACCCAGACAUGUUUGGGCUGGUGCGCGUUGAUGCGAGCGGCACCACGUGUGAGCGCGUGUUCGCUGACGACCGCCCGCUUGACCUUCUCCGUCGCUGCCCGACACACACCAUCUACGUUGUCUCCAGGGAGGACCUUCCCUUUGCUCUCAAGCUCAUCAAGGGAAACACCGCUGCCCCUGCCGCGGAGGAAAAAGGGCAGAGCUUGGUUGCAGUCAAGUUCCUUGGAUGCAGAACAAUUACACACGACAUGGAUGAGGAAGGGGUUGGAGAGGUGACCUCUGGGCUGUCACGACAGGACCUUCACGCGAUUGCAGAUGCGAUGAAGAAAUCGCCAGCGACCGGCACAGACAACCUGGUGCUCAUGGUCUCACAGGACGGCGUCAAGGUGAUGAGGAAGAGGGAGGAUGAAGCAAAGCGGCCCUACACCGUACUGCUCGAACACACAUACUUGCAGAUCACAGACUGCUUCGACAUGGACAAACUCUUUGUGUACACUGUUGCAAUCAACCCGACCACGACGCCAAAGACGCUGGUGUACGUGUUCAAGUGCAGCGACGUGAAGGAGACGACGAAGCUUCGGUUUCUGUUUCGGAGCCACUGCCAGGCCGCGCACCACAUGUGCAUGGACCGGCUCGCAGACGUUGAGGUUGCACACGCGGAGGUGCCAACACCAGAUUCGCUUGAGUUCAACUCGCUGUGGAUUGCACAAUCCGCAGCAAGAAGACGGCAGUCGAGUUUCCUGCGAUCAGAGCCAGCUGUGCACGCUGAUCGGGCGGUGCGUGUGUUGCUGAGUGCUAUUGGGGAGUCUCCGGACGCAUCCAGACCGCUGGACGAAAUUGUUCGCGCACACCAGUCUCUCCUCGACACCGUCCUCUCACGCGACGAGGAGGCGUGAUGAUGAUGAUGAUGAUGAUGAUGA